AUGGCACCCGAUCCACCAUCGAAUCUGUCAGUGCAGGUGAGGAGCGGCAAGAAUGCCAUCAUCCUGUGGUCCCCGCCCACCCAGGGCAGCUAUACGGCAUUCAAGAUCAAGGUGCUGGGCCUGUCAGAGGCCUCGAGCAGCUUCAACCGCACCUUCCAGGUGAACGACAACACAUUCCAGCACAGCGUGAAGGAACUGACGCCCGGCGCCACCUACCAGGUGCAGGCCUACACGAUCUACGAUGGCAAGGAGUCGGUGGCCUAUACGAGCCGAAAUUUUACCACAAAGCCCAACACGCCGGGGAAAUUCAUUGUCUGGUUCCGUAAUGAGACGACGCUGCUGGUGCUGUGGCAACCGCCAUAUCCCGCCGGCAUUUAUACGCACUACAAGGUCUCCAUCGAGCCGCCGGACGCCAACGACAGCGUCCUCUAUGUGGAGAAGGAGGGCGAGCCCCCGGGACCGGCGCAGGCGGCCUUCAAGGGUCUGGUGCCGGGCAGAGCCUACAAUAUCUCAGUGCAGACAAUGUCCGAGGACGAGAUAUCGCUGCCGACGACAGCCCAGUAUCGAACAGUGCCGUUGCGUCCGCUGAACGUUACCUUUGACCGGGACUUUAUCACCUCCAAUUCGUUCCGGGUGCUCUGGGAGGCCCCCAAGGGGAUAUCGGAGUUCGACAAGUACCAGGUGUCGGUGGCCACCACCCGCCGCCAGUCGACGGUGACACGCAGCAACGAGCCGAUCGCGUACUUUGACUUCAGGGACAUUGCCGAGCCCGGCAAGACGUUCAACGUGAUCGUGAAGACGGUGUCGGGAAAGGUAACCUCAUGGCCAGCCACGGGGGAUGUGACGCUGCGUCCGUUGCCGGUUAGGAAUCUGCGAAGCAUCAACGAUGACAAGACCAACACGAUGGUCAUCACGUGGGAGGCGGAUCCGGCCAGUACACAGGAUGAAUAUCGCAUUGUAUACCACGAGCUGGAGACCUUCAAUGGCGACACCAGCACCCUGACCACGGAUCGGACACGCUUCACCUUGGAGAGCCUCCUGCCCGGCCGGAACUACUCUCUCUCCGUUCAGGCCGUGUCCAAGAAGAUGGAAUCGAAUGAAACCAGCAUCUUUGUGGUCACACGACCCUCUUCGCCCAUCAUUGAGGAUCUGAAGAGCAUUCGCAUGGGUCUGAACAUCAGCUGGAAAAGCGACGUCAACUCAAAGCAGGAACAGUACGAGGUCUUGUACUCGAGAAACGGGACGAGCGAGGUGCGAACUCUCAUCACCAAGGAGUCGCGGCUGGUUAUCAAGAAUCUGCAGCCGGGCGCGGGCUACGAACUGAAGGUCUUUGCCGUCAGUCAUGAGCUGAGGAGCGAGCCGCAUGCCUACUUCCAGGCCGUCUAUCCCAAUCCACCGCGCAACAUGACCAUCGAAACGGUGCGCAGCAAUUCAGUUUUGGUCCAUUGGUCGCCCCCAGAGAGCGGAGAGUUUACGGAGUACUCGAUACGCUAUCGGACGGACAGCGAACAGCAGUGGGUGCGCCUGCCCAGUGUCCGUUCAACGGAGGCGGACAUCACCGACAUGACCAAGGGCGAGAAGUACACCAUUCAGGUGAAUACCGUCAGCUUUGGCGUCGAGAGUCCUGUGCCCCAGGAGGUAAACACGACAGUGCCCCCGAAUCCCGUCUCGAAUAUCAUCCAACUGGUGGACUCGCGCAACAUUACGCUGGAGUGGCCCAAGCCGGAGGGACGAGUGGAGUCGUACAUUCUGAAAUGGUGGCCCAGCGACAAUCCCGGUCGUGUCCAGACCAAAAAUGUCUCCGAGAAUAAGUCGGCUGAUGAUCUGUCCACAGUGCGUGUGCUCAUUGGCGAACUGAUGCCGGGCGUGCAGUACAAGUUUGAUAUACAGACAACAUCGUAUGGCAUCCUUUCGGGUAUCACCAGCCUCUAUCCGCGCACAAUGCCGCUCAUUCAGUCGGAUGUGGUGGUGGCCAAUGGCGAGAAGGAGGACGAACGGGAGACGAUCACCCUGAGCUAUACGCCCACACCGCAGUCCUCAUCGAAGUUCGACAUCUAUCGCUUCUCGCUGGGCGAUGCCGAGAUCAAGGACAAGGAGAAGCUGGCCAACGAUACGGACCGAAAGGUUACCUUCACAGGCUUGGUGCCGGGACGCCUGUACAACAUCACCGUAUGGACGGUGAGCGGCGGUGUGGCCAGUCUGCCCAUUCAGCGGCAGGAUCGCCUCUAUCCAGAGCCCAUUACCCAGCUGCAUGCCACCAAUAUCACGGACACAGAGAUCUCGCUGCGCUGGGACCUGCCCAAGGGCGAGUACAAUGAUUUCGAUAUUGCCUACCUCACGGCCGACAACCUGCUGGCCCAGAACAUGACCAUACGGAAUGAUAUCACGAUCAGCGAUCUGCGGCCGCAUCGUAACUACACCUUCACGGUGGUGGUGCGCUCCGGCACAGAGUCGUCGGUGCUGCGCAGCAGUUCCCCGCUCUCGGCGAGUUUCACCACCAACGAGGCCGUGCCCGGACGUGUGGAGCGUUUCCAUCCGACUGAUGUCCAGCCCAGCGAGAUCAAUUUCGAGUGGUCGCUGCCGUCCAGCGAGGCCAACGGAGUGAUCCGACAGUUUUCGAUUGCGUACACGAACGUCAACAAUCUGACGGAUGCCGGCAUGCAGGACUUUGACUCCGAGGAGUCCAUCGGUGUGAUCAAGAACCUUAAGCCCGGCGAGACGUACGUCUUCAAGAUACAGGCCAAGACGGCAAUUGGCUUUGGGCCGGAGCGGGAGUACAGGCAAACGAUGCCCAUAUUGGCGCCACCACGACCCGCCACCCAGGUGGUGCCCACGGAAGUGUAUCGCAGCUCGUCCACGAUACAGAUCCGUUUCCGCAAGAACUACUUCUCCGAUCAGAACGGACAGGUGCGCAUGUACACGAUCAUUGUGGCCGAGGAUGAUGCCAAGAAUGCCUCUGGGCUGGAGAUGCCCAGCUGGCAUGACGUCCAGUCGUACAGCGUGUGGCUGCCCUAUCAGGCCAUCGAUCCGUACUAUCCGUUUGAGAAUCGAUCUGUGGAGGACUUCACCAUUGGCACCGAGAACUGUGACAAUCACAAGAUCGGCUACUGCAACGGACCCCUGAAGUCUGGCACCACAUAUCGCGUGAAAGUGCGCGCCUUCACGGGACCCGACAAGUUCACGGACACCGCCUAUAGUUUCCCCAUUCAGACAGAUCAGGACAACACCUCAUUGAUUGUGGCCAUCACUGUGCCACUGACCAUUAUUCUGGUGCUGCUUGUGACGUUGAUGUUCUAUAAGCGACGGCGCAACAAUUGCCGCAAGACCACCAAGGACUCGCGGGCCAACGACAACAUGUCCCUGCCGGAUAGCGUUAUCGAACAGAACCGUCCCAUUCUGAUCAAGAACUUUGCGGAGCACUAUCGUCUGAUGUCCGCCGACUCGGACUUCCGUUUCAGCGAGGAGUUCGAGGAACUGAAGCAUGUGGGUCGCGACCAGCCAUGCACUUUUGCGGAUUUGCCCUGCAAUCGUCCAAAGAACCGAUUCACCAACAUCCUGCCCUACGAUCAUUCACGCUUCAAGCUCCAGCCCGUGGACGACGACGAGGGCUCCGACUACAUCAACGCCAACUAUGUGCCCGGCCACAACUCGCCGCGCGAGUUUAUUGUCACCCAGGGACCGCUGCACUCGACGCGGGACGACUUCUGGCGCAUGUGCUGGGAGAGCAACUCGCGGGCGAUCGUGAUGCUGACCCGCUGCUUCGAGAAGGGCAGGGAGAAGUGCGAUCAGUACUGGCCCAACGACACGGUGCCGGUCUUUUACGGUGACAUCAAGGUCCAGAUCCUGAACGACAGUCACUAUGCCGACUGGGUGAUGACCGAGUUUAUGCUCUGCAGAGGCAGCGAGCAGCGCAUUUUGAGGCACUUCCACUUUACCACUUGGCCCGACUUCGGGGUGCCAAAUCCUCCCCAAACGCUGGUGCGUUUCGUGCGCGCCUUCCGUGAUCGAAUCGGGGCCGAGCAGCGACCGAUUGUGGUCCACUGCAGUGCUGGCGUUGGUAGAUCGGGCACCUUCAUCACACUGGAUCGCAUACUCCAGCAGAUCAAUACCUCCGACUACGUGGACAUCUUUGGCAUCGUCUAUGCCAUGCGAAAGGAGCGCGUUUGGAUGGUCCAAACGGAGCAGCAGUACAUCUGCAUCCACCAGUGCCUGCUGGCGGUGCUCGAGGGCAAGGAGAACAUUGUGGGUCCUGCGCGGGAGAUGCACGACAACGAGGGCUACGAAGGACAACAAGUGGUGCAGCUGGACGAGAACGGAGAUGUGGUGGCCACCAUUGAGGGCCAUCUCUCGCAUCACGAACUGCAGCAGGCCGAGGCGGAGGCCAUUGACGAUGAGAACGCGGCCAUACUGCACGACGAUCAGCAGCCGCUCACCAGCAGCUUCAUUGGCCACAAAAGCCUCAAUCUGCCCACAACCACAUCGAUGAGCUCCUUCGGCGGCGGGGCUGGCAACAAUCUGACGGAUGGCCCGGACAGAUGA